AUAUUUUACUAAUGUUGUAAAUAUGCGAUAAACGUUAUGGAGCACACCCCUGCGCCUUACGCUCCCCGAGCCGUUUACGGUUACGCCAUGUACAUAGGCUCGAACAUGCUUUUUUUAUUGUACGUGAUAUGGGCAAUCGUGCCGGACGAGGUGCUGCACGAUCAUCUGGGACUGUCGUAUUGGCCCUCGAAAUAUUGGGCAGUCGCGAUCCCCAUAUGGGCGUUGACUGCUCUCGCCACGUUCGCAUUUCUCAUUUACCCGGCUGUCAAUAUGCUGAUAACUCCGAAUACCGACGACAUGAGAACCGUUACGGAUAAGCAUGCCCUGCAGAAGACCGAGACCAUCCCUGGUGGGAUACCACCUGUGUUUGACAUACCCAUAACAGAAGUUAGCAGGAAGUUAUAUUUGAGGAAAAACAGCUCUUAAUCGAUGACUGAAGACUUGCUUUUCUUUUGUUUUUUGUUUUUUUUUUGUUGAAAGAUGUAUAAUUUGGUACAAAUGACACGCCACUCCUUAAUCUGGCAACUGCCAAGAGUAAAAUUUUUGGACAAUGAACAAUAAUUGAUGAGAGUAUUCUCGCGAAAUUUUCUAAAGCUGAAUUUUUAUAUUGCUAUUAAUGUAAUUUAUAACGAUUUGAGAAACGGGAUUUCUAGCAUUUCCAAGAUGAGAAGCGCUUAUAUAUAUACAAGUGUAAAAAUAAGACCAAAAUAUGUCAGACAUUCUGAAAUAUUUAUGUUAUUUUAUAUAUUUAUUGUUAAUAAAUUUACUGUAUAAUAGUC